UGCCCUUGCUAUGGAGAAGUUUAAGGCUGCAAUGCUUCUAGCUGGGACAGGGGAUGCUUUGGGCUAUAAGAACUUUAGCUGGGUAUUUUGUGCAUCAGGCGUAAAAAUCCAAGAAGAGCUAAAACAACUUGGGGGAUUGGAAAAUUUGGUUCUGUCCAUAGACGGCUGGCCAGUGAGUAACAAUACUCUAAUGCACAUAGCCACAGCGGAAUCACUAGUCUCAGAUUACUGGAGCAUAGAAGACCUGUACCGUGACAUGGUAAAACGUUACAUUGAUGUUGUUGACAAGCUGCAGGGCCGGCGGCCUGAUCCAGCAACAAUUGAAGGAUGUGCACACUUGAAACCAGAUAACUACCUGCUAGCUUGGCACACCCCAUUCAAUGAAAAAGGUUCAGGAUUUGGAGCUGCAACAAAAGCCAUGUGUAUUGGGAUGAGAUACUGGAAACCAGGCAGGUUGGAAACACUAAUUGAAGUCAGCAUUGAAAGUGGGAGAAUGACUCAUAACCAUCCAACAGGAUUCCUUGGGUCCCUGUGCACGGCCCUGUUCACUUCCUAUGCAAUACAAGAGAAACCACUUGCUCAGUGGGGAAGAGAAAUGCUGAAGUUGUUGCCUAUGGCUGAAGAGUACUGUAAGAAGACUAUACGGCACAUGGCAGAAUAUCAGGAACACUGGUUUUAUUUUGAAGCCAAGUGGCAGUUUUACCUGGAAGAAAGAGAAAUUGCAGAAGAGAAUGAGAACAAACCUAAAUUUCCUGAUAAGUAUGAUGCGGAAGAAAGAGACAAGGCAUACAAGACAUGGAGCUCAGAGGGAAGAGGGGGAAGAAGAGGACAUGAUGCCCCUAUGAUUGCAUACGAUGCUCUUCUAGGGGCAGGGGGUGACUGGAAAGAACUUUGUAACAGAGCAAUGUUCCAUGGAGGAGAAGGUGGUGCCACUGGGUCCAUAGCAGGGUGUCUUUAUGGAUUGCUCUAUGGCAUAAGUAAAGUGCCAAAGAGUUUAUACCAGCAGCUUGAGAUGAAGGAAAGACUUGAAAACCUUGGCAAGAAGCUCUAUCACUUAGCUACAAUGGAAAAGUAAAGCAGUUUCUACUAUUUUAUGUUUCUUAUAUUUAUCUUCCCAACACUAUGGACAGUAAUAAACUGUGAGUUGUCAUUACCUUUCUUUUAGAGACUGAGGAUGGUUUUUUUUCCAUUUCUCUUAGAACUUUAUGUUAUUCUUAUACAUUUUUGAUCCAGUGAGGAUACUGUCUAUACGCAUUUAAUACACUGACUAUUGUCACACUCACUUACUAUAUUUAUACAUGUGUAUAAGGUUACACUGCAUUUUACAUCACUCUUCACUCUGCAAACUCUUGGAUAUCUGAAUUUGCCUCAUGAGCUUAAAUGGGUUAUUAUAGGUCUGGAAUGGUGUAAAAUCAUUUUAGGCAUUACUCUGGUGUAAAAGUAAAUCCACUUCUUCAUAAUGCCAGUUAGCUUCUUUUAUAUAAAUUAUUUGGGUCAUCAUGAUGCAUGGUAGUAAUCAACACACAAAGGGCUGCAUCAGUGCUUUAUAAAUUCACCAUUUGUUUUCUGUUUUUUGGUAUAAAACAUUUUUGAAACAUCUUGUAUGCCCUAGAUCUGUUGUUUGUCACAGGUAAAUAUAUCUGAUGAUAUUUCACUUUUAUCUGAAUAGGCCAGUUAGUGUAUUUAGAAUAGGGGCUAUUUGUAGUUCAACCCCUGGCAGAUGAUUCAAAUCUCUGAUCCUGAAAUAAAGUGUGCCAUGAAAACACUUCUUUAGUAACUCAAUGGCUAUCCCACGGUUUCCUUCUUUACACCAUUACACAUUUUCCUAUUUUUACAAUGCCCCAUCCUAAAUAACCGGAAGAUGAAUAAACGGACUUGUUUGUAAAAUUCACGUAAGGAAGACAGAACAGAAAAGGGCAACCGAUACAUACUUCUAUUUAUACAGAUAAAUCCAGCCUUUUCUAUGGACAGAUUGAUCGUCAUAUCACAAACUAGAAGAGCAGAGAAUAUUUAAAUAAUGAUGUCAUACAAAGGAUUUUGUGGCAUUUUUUAGCCAUAUAACCCCCUUAGAUAUGCAGCCCUGAUAUAGAGCAAAAACAUCAGAACACUACGUACUGUGGUUACAUUAUAUAGAACUAUCAUUAUAGUAAUGACUGUAAUAGUGAUUGGACCUUAGUAAUGCUUGUUUGUAUACUGGUAACUAUAUUUGUCUUUGAAGUUCAACUAUGUUUUUACAUUAUCUUUGUUCUUAAAUUUUCCAUCUUGUGAUUUUUCUGCUUCUGCCUUAAGUGCAUGUAUAUAACGGAGCUUUAUAUAUUUAUACCAGAAUUUUAGUACUUUAAACACUCUUGAAAAAAUGGAAUGUUAGGUGAUGCUCUUACUUAAAGGUUCAAAUCAACACAAUCCCAUUUCAACUGAAUGGAAAUGUUUAUUCAAAAUAAAUUUGUUUUCCCUUG